GGUGCAGAGAGUCAGGCCGGGAUGCGGGAGAGCCCGGCGCCCAGCUCGGCCUCCUCGUCAGUGACCGAGCUGUACUGCGCCCCUCCCAACAGUAGGGCCGACCUGGGCCCGCCGGCCACGGCCGGGGACUUCAGCCUGAGCGCCAGUCUGUCGGCAUGUACGCUGCUUUACGAGGGGGCGGUGGAGCCCAUGCAGAUUGAUGUGGAUCCCCAGGAAGACCCACAGAAUGCCUCUGACGUCAGCUACGUGGUGGAGAACCCCACCCUGGACCUAGAGCAGUACGCUGCUAGCUACAGCGGCUUGAUGCGCAUUGAGCGGCUGCAGUUCAUCGCCGACCACUGCCCCCCACUGCGGGUGGAGGCCCUGAAGAUGGCCCUGUCCUUCGUGCAGAGAACUUUCAACGUGGACAUGUACGAGGAGGUCCACCGCAAACUCUCUGAGGCCACCAGUCACGUGCUGAGCUACGUCAGCAAGGCUGAGUCCACCCCCGAGAUUGCGGAGCAGCGGGGGGAGAGGGACAGCCAGACCCAGGCCAUCCUGACCAAGCUCAAGUGUGCUGCAGGCCUGGCUGAGCUGGCUGCCCGCAAGUACAAGCAGGCUGCCAAGUGCUUCCUGCUGGCCUCCUUCGACCACUGCGACUUCCCUGAGCUGCUGUCUCCCAGCAACGUGGCCGUCUAUGGGGGCCUGUGUGCCCUGGCCACCUUUGACCGCCAGGAGCUGCAGCGCAACGUCAUUGCUAGCAGCUCCUUCAAGCUGUUCCUGGAGCUGGAGCCCCAGGUCCGCGACAUCAUCUUCAAGUUCUACGAGUCCAAGUACGCCUCGUGCCUCAAGAUGCUGGACGAGAUGAAGGACAACCUGCUAUUGGACAUGUACCUGGCCCCCCACGUCAGGACCCUCUACACUCAGAUUCGGAACCGAGCCCUCAUCCAGUAUUUCAGCCCCUAUGUGUCUGCUGACAUGCGCAAGAUGGCCACUGCCUUCAACACCACAGUGGCCGCGCUGGAGGACGAGCUGACCCAGCUGAUCCUGGAGGGACUCAUCAAUGCCAGGAUCGACUCUCAUAGCAAGAUCCUGCAUGCGCGGGAUGUGGACCAGCGCAGCACCACCUUCGAGAAGUCCCUGCUGAUGGGCAAGGAGUUCCAGCGCCGCGCCAAGGCCAUGAUCCUGCGCGCGGCUGUGCUGCGCAACCAGAUCCACGUCAAGUCACCGCCACGCGAAGGGAGCCAGGGGGAGCUGACACCAGCCAACAGCCAGUCCCGGAUGACCUCCAAUAUGUGAAGCCGCCCGCUGGACCCUGCGCCUGGUGCUGCGCUGGUCCCCACCUCUCUUGCAGCUGCGGGGUGACUCUAUUGUUGCAUUUCAGCCCAUUAAAGAGCCCGCUAGAGACGUGA